AUGACACCGUCACUCGAGCUACGCGAAUGGUCAUCGGAAAGCGUGGCUGUGCCUCUGCCAAUCAGGCUGUCCAGCACUGUGGUCGGUGAACAGCCGGUAGAGAGCAGAGAGCAGCGGCCUGAUUUUUUGAGUCCAGAGUCGCACCAGCGAGAUGUUUCCAAUGCUCGGAGCGUUUCAACCCAAGAAACCCUCGUAAAUUCAGUGGAUGAGGGCGGGUUCAAACGACGACCUGAACAAAUAAUACUGGUCGGUCCUCGAGAAGACAGAAAGGUAAAUAGAAGGCUCAAGGGCAUUCAUCUAUUCAUGAUCACAAUCAAUGCGACGGUUGGAAUUGGCCUCUACUGGCGAGGUGGUCAAAUCCUUGAGCUUGGGGGUCCUUUGGCGGUUGUAUUGUCCUACUUUCUUGUGGGGUGCUUGGUAUGGGCUGUCAUGCAGGGUAUUACCGAAAUGCUAUGCAUUUGGCCAAUCCCAGGUGCCCUCUCGGUAUAUGUCAGCAAGUUUGUUGAUGAGGAGCUGGGCAUCGCUGUUGGUAUCGCAUACUGGUUUACGUACUCAAUGUCUUUCUCCUCGCUUCUUGCAACGUUAGCAGCUGAAUUCGACUACUGGCAUGCCUUUGAGAGUCGAGGCGUGCAUGCAGGGUUCAUUUUUCUGGCAGUUCCAGUGACACUGGUUGCUGUCAAUAUGCUCAGGAUCGAGUCAUAUGGUCUUUUAGAGGUGAUAACAGGAUCUUUAAAGAUUACGUUCAUGUUGAUCAUCUUCAUUUUCUUGAUUUUAAUCAAUAGGGAAGCUGACCCAGAUACUGGGGCUCCACGUGGUGUUGAUUAUUGGUCCUCGCCUACCACCUUUGACGAUUCAGCUGCCAAAAAUUGGCCAACUGCGCUAUUCAUGUGCAUAUCAACCGCAGUCUUUUCAUUCGUUGGCGUCGAAGUUGUUGCUUCAUCUGCCUUGGAAGCCAAAUGGCCUCAGCAUGACACCGACGAAGAAAAUUCAUCAGACAACCGCUCAAGCCGUGACAGCCCCCUGGUUGGAAGUGGCGUCAAGUUCUCAGCCAUAUACAUAUCCGUCCUUGCAACAGUUGCAUACACCCUGAGCGGAUUUCUGGUAAGCAUUGAUAUUAAAUCUGACGAUUGCAAGUUACCUCGUGUGACUUGGGAGAGCAAGAAUACGGAUUGUCAAAAUCCCGGCAGUCAUUCAGCUUUUGUGAUGAUCGCCGCAGGCUCUAAAAUCCCACAUUUAGCGACCGUUUUCAAUGUGUUCCUCGUUUUCACCUGCGCUUCGUGCGCUGCUACGAAUCUCUAUAUCUCCUCGCGCGCGUUAUUUGGUCUCACCAGCCAAAUUAAAGGGGGCAAAGGCCAGAGAUGGCAUCUACGCAUCUUGGCAAAGCUUGGUAAGACAGACCACCGGAAGGUUCCCCGGCAGGCCGUAGUACUUUCCGCUGUUGCAUUUUGUUGGAUUCCAUUUUUGCAGCUUGUUCGGGGCUCUAAACAAGCUGAGACCUCUAUUUCAAUGUUUAUUGAAUUUCUCAGUGAAAUGGCAUCCGUUGGUAACCUGAUUGUGUGGGCCUGUGUUUCUCUCGCAUUUAUUCGUUACCAUGGCUGUACCCAAUUGAUAAUAAAAAAUCCAGAGUACCUUGACCGAGAGGACGUUGCCCAGGUCGAGCGCAAUAGCCGCAACUACCCAUAUCGCAGCCACGGUCAGCCCCUAUUGGCCUGGUUAGCUUUCGGGGGCUGCUGGAUUGUCUUGCUUGUUAUGAACAUGUCGCCAUUGUGGAGUGGCUUUUAUCUGCUACCUUUCCUAUCAUCUUCUUUGACAGUAAGAGAAUGA